AUGGGUAAUGAACAAUCUAUAGAAAAAGAAUGUAGAAAAAGACAGGCGCACGUGGAAGAAGUUUUGGAAAGGCAACGAAAACUCUAUGAAGAAAAAUGCAAAAUCUUAUUACAGCAAGCGCACUCAGCCCAACAAACGCGUGUCGCAAUAGCGGAGGAAGUCAGUGCUGAUAAUUCAAGCAAUCAACGCCUCAAUACGUUAUACCCGAAUCUUCACCCUUCUCCUGCACCGCAACCAUGUUCAUCUACCACAAACGUCAGAAAUUCACCUUCGAGUUUUGCUGCAAAUAACAACUGCAUACCAAACAACGUCGUUUCAACGUCUGCGAUUAAUCCGAACCUACAGUCUGCUAGCGGCUUAACAACCAGGUUUACGCCAAGUCCAUCAGCCCCUCCAGAACAUUCCGGAUACAUCCAACGAGAGAGAACAAAAGAGGGGGAAGAGCUUACGCCAAGUCCGUCAGCCCCUCCAGAACCCUUCGGACCCAACAAACAAAAAGAUAGAACAAAAAAGGGAAAACGGCCCCGACCGAACAAGAAUAAUAAGCUCAGCGUCGGGCGGGAGUUCGAUUGCGUGACGUGCGGCAGAAAGUUGGGCCUGAACAUAUACCAAUGCGGCAACGGGCACAGCUCAUGUCGCGAAUGCAAAAUGGCGCGCCGCGUUUGUGGCGCGCCGAACUGCGGCGGGGCGAUAACGGACAUGAGGAACAGGGCUGUCGAGGCUCUGGUCGCUGAUGUGAUGCUCGCCAACCGGACUUCGGCCCUAUCAAUCGGGAACAGCGAAGCCGAGGUGGCUACUGGGGCUACGGGAGCAAAUGAAACUCCGUCAAUUUUCGAUCGCGAGUGCAAACUAGAAUGCCCAAAUAAAUAUGAUGGAUGCCAAUUAAGUUUAAGCAGCAAGGAAAUAAAUAAGCAUUUGAGUGAGUGUCCAUUCAGUGAAUUGGCAUGUCCGCUUGCUUCUAUAUUUGGCCGGUGCUCUUGGCGGGGCAAAAUCAAUCAGUUGGUCAGCCACUUCAUCGAUGUUCAUCCCGAACACCGUCAAGCUAACGUGGACACCGAAUUGAAAAUCUUGGAUGUAAAGUACAACAACAGGAUCGUUUAUUUGGUCGCAAUCGGAAAUUUUAACUUUUUGGCAGGCGGCCGGUCAAAAAGUCAAAACAAAGCCAAGACCGCUUACAACGUGAUUCACAUGGAUUUAAACCGUUGGUCGCCUCCGUGCUCGCUG